GGGUACGUAAAAGAGAAGAUAGAGAGGGUCCGCGUCGCCUAUGGCUAUCCCGGCUUCGCCUAUGCCUGCCUAGACGUUAUACUACAACAGAACAACUACAGGCGGUACGCAAUAGGGGCUUCACCUUAUAAAAUACUCUUCGGUCGCUAGAUGUGGGGUCCGGGGCGUGCUCGCUUGGUGCCUCCUGAACUGCGUAGGAUACAGAUGCGACAGGAGAGGCAGAGAGUACUGCGGAGGAGGACGAGGAUAAGGACGCAGAUGAGGAUGCGGAGGACGAGCGCAGUAGGGCCCGCGGGAGUACCCGCGGGAGUGCCCGCGGGAGUGCCCGCGGGCGAGCGAACGAGGCGGGCGAAGGUUCGUAAACGAGUGCUGGCCUGCGUGCGAACGAGCGAGCGAACGAGCGACUAGCAGAGCGCGCUGCGGAAGCUGCGGAGGUUGUAGUAGGUCCGAUAGGAGACCCGUCGGGUAC